AUGACUGAGGCUGAGACCAGAUAUCCCCAAAUGGAGAAGCUGGCCCUCGCUUUAGUCACAUCGGCCCGAAGACUUAGGCCGUACUUCCAGGCACACACUGUUCUAGUACUUACAAACUUGCCCCUGAAGAAUAUCUUCCUUAAGCCUGAAACAUCAGGGCGUCUGAUGAAGUGGGCAUUGGAAUUGAGCGAGUACGACAUCCAGUUCGGGCCAAGAACCGCGUUAAAAGGGCAAGCAGUGGCAGACUUCAUCGCGGAGCUUACCCCACCGUCCCAGUCGACCGAGUCCGACCUCUCGUGGACGAUCUAUGUUGAUGGAUCUUCCAAUGAGAGGGGGUGCGGGGCAGGAAUUCUCUUGCUCGCACCGGGUGGCGAGCGAUUUGAGUACGCUCUGCGAUUCAACUUUCGGACUUCAAACAAUGAGGCCGAAUACGAAGCACUCCUGGCAGCGUAUGAGACCGAUCUGGCUAGAUCGGUCCCGGUCGAGAUCUUGGACAGCCCUUCAAUCUUGGAGCCAGAUAUGAUGAAGGUUGACACUUCAUCACCCUCUUGGAUGGACCCAAUCGUGGAGUUCAUCAAAGGAAAUCCACCGCAAGAUCCGAAGGAGCAAAGGAAGAUGGCACGGAGAGCAGCUCGAUUCACACUCCGAGAAGGAGCGUUGUACCGACGUGGCUUCUCCCUGCCUUUGCUUAAGUGUGUGACUCCCGAAGAAGGCCUUUACAUUCUUAGAGAAAUCCAUGAAGGGUGGGGGGUAGAUAUCAUAGGUCCUUUUCCCCUGGGCAAAGGACAAACCAAGUUCGCCGUUGUCGCUGUGGACUACCUCACCAAGUGGGCCGAAACCGAGGCACUAUCCCACAUCACAGAGUCCAGAGUCACAUCUUUCAUAUGGGCAAACGUUGUAUGCCUUUUUGGUAUACCAAAUGCUAUUGUGACAGACAACGGAAAGCAGUUUGAUAACGCGAAGUUCAAGGACUUUUGCAGUAACCUGGGAAUACAUCAUCUCAGCUCGUCCCCUGCUCAUUCAAAGGCCAACGGGCAGGUCGAAGCAGUAAACAAAAUCACAAAGCGGGGACUCAAGCUGAGAUUGGAUUCCAGAAAGGGACGAUGGGCCGAGGAGCUACCUGAAGUAUUAUGGUCGUAUCGGAUCACCCCGAGAGAGUCAACUGGUGAAACUCCGUUCUCACUAGCCUUUGGCUCUGAAGCUGUUGUACCAGUUGAGAUCGGCAUACCAACAGACAGAGUAGAGCAAUCUGAAAACUCCAAUGCUGAUGCCUUAGCCAAAUUGGCAUCAGCAUAUGAGACCGAUCUGGCUAGAUCGGUCCCGGUCGAGAUCUUGGACAGCCCUUCAAUAUUGGAGCCAGAUGUGAUGGAGGUUGACACUCCAUCACCCUCUUGGGUGGACCCAAUCGUGGAGUUCAUCAAAGGAAAUCCACCGCAAGAUCCGAAGGAGCAAAGGAAGAUGGCACGGAGAGCAGCUCGGUUCACACUCUAA